AUGAAUGACUCCAUAUUGCUCUGGGAAGAAAGAGAGAUGGAGGUUUCCUGGCGGUUCUGGAUAGUUCUCUUUCUGACCCUGCAGGGUCUGUCCGCAUUGGAUUUUGACCCAUACCGAGUCCUGGGGGUCAGCCGCACCGCCAGUCAGGCUGACAUUAAAAAGGCGUAUAAGAAGCUCGCCCGGGAAUGGCAUCCUGACAAAAAUAAAGACCCUGGUGCCGAGGACAAGUUCAUUCAGAUCAGCAAGGCCUAUGAGAUUCUCUCCAAUGAGGAGAAGAGGACAAACUACGACCACUAUGGUGACGCUGGUGAGAACCAGGGCUACCAAAAGCAGCAGCGCGAGUUUCGCUUCCGCCACUUCCAUGAGAACUUUUAUUUCGAUGAGUCGUUUUUCCACUUCCCUUUCAAUUCGGAGCGGAGGGACUCCAUCGAUGAGAAGUACUUGUUGCACUUUUCACACUACGUGAAUGAAGUGGUUCCCAAUAGCUUCAAGAAACCCUACCUCAUUAAGGUUACCUCGGAUUGGUGCUUUAGCUGUAUCCAUAUCGAGCCUGUCUGGAAAGAAGUGGUCCAGGAAUUGGAAGGACUAGGUGUGGGGAUUGGUGUCGUCCAUGCUGGCUAUGAAAGACGCCUGGCCCAUCACCUGGGAGCACACAGCACCCCCUCCAUCCUAGGAAUCAUCAAUGGGAAAAUCUCCUUCUUCCACAAUGCAGUGGUUCAUGAGAACCUACGGCAGUUCGUAGAGAGUCUUCUUCCAGGGAACUUGGUGGAGAAGGUUACAAAUAAAAAUUACGUGCGAUUCCUCUCUGGCUGGCAGCAGGAGAAUAAGCCUCAUGCCCUCCUGUUCGGCCCGAUGCCGGCGGUGCCACUAAUGUACAAGUUAACGGCUUUCGCGUACAAAGAUUAUGUGUCAUUCGGUUACGUGUACAUGGGCUUGAGAGGUGUGGAAGACAUGACCAGGCAGUUCAACAUCAAUGUCUAUGCCCCUGCCGUGCUGAUCUUUAAAGAGCACAUCAACAAGCCUGCUGAUGUCAUCCAGGCUCGAGGGCUGAAGAAGCAGGUCAUUGAGGACUUCAUCGCCCAGAACAAGUACCUGCUGGCCGCCCGGCUCACCAGUCAGAGGCUGUUCCAUGAACUCUGCCCUGUGAAGCGGUCUCACCGACAGAGGAAGUACUGUGUGGUUUUACUGACCGCUGAGGCUAGCAAGCCAAGCAAACCCUUUGAAGCCUUCCUGUCAUUCGCAUUGGCAAACACUCAAGACACGGUGCGGUUCGUGCAUGUCUACAGCAACCGGCAGCAGGAGUUUGCCAGCACUUUGCUACCGGACAGCGAGGCAUUCCAGGGACAGUCAGGGGUGUCCAUCUUGGAGAGGCGAAACACAGCGGGAAGGGUGAUGUUUAAAACCCUGGAAGACCCCUGGACGGGCAGUGAGAGCGACAAGUUCAUCCUUUUGGGUUAUCUUGACCAGCUUCGGAAAGAUCCGGCCUUUCUCUCCUCUGAAGCUGUCCUUCCUGACCUGGCUGAUGAACUUGCUCCUGUGUUUCUUCUCCGCUGGCUCUACUCGGCUUCUGAUGCACUCUCGGACUGGUGGGAGAGCCUGCUCCACAGUAACUGGCGAGAGAUGAUGCCGCUGCUGUCCCUCAUCUUCUCAGCCCUCUUCAUACUCUUUGGCACUGUCAUUGUCCAGGCUUUCAGCGACUCAAAUGAAGAACGAGAGUCACAGCCUCCAGAUAAAGAAGAGGUCCCUGAGAAGGCCGGGAAGACUGAGCCAACUUUCACCAAAGAGAACAGCAGCAAGAUUCCUAAAAAAGGCUUUGUAGAAGUAACUGAACUCACAGAUGUGACAUACACCAGCAACUUGGUACGCCUGAGACCAGGCCACAUGAAUGUGGUCCUCAUCCUGUCCAAUUCCACCAAGACAAGCCUGCUGCAGAAAUUUGCUUUAGAGGUCUACACAUUCACCGGGAGCAGCAGCCUCCACUUCUCUUUCCUCAGUCUGGACAAACACCGCGAAUGGCUGGAGUACUUGCUUGAGUUUGCUCAGGACGCAGCCCCGAUCCCAAACCAGUAUGACAAGCACUUCAUGGAGCGGGACUACACUGGCUACGUGCUGGCCCUGAACGGCCACAAGAAGUAUUUCUGCCUUUUCAAGCCCCUAAAGACAGUGGACGAGGAGACUGUGGGCUCUUGCGACCCUGACUCCUUCAGAGGGAAACCCCCCUGUGGCCUUGGGCCCAAGCCCCUCAAGGGCAAGCUAAGCAAGUUGUCCUUGUGGAUGGAGCGCCUGCUGGAAGGUUCCUUGCAAAGAUUUUACAUCCCAUCGUGGCCUGAGCUAGACUGAGACAUGGACUCUUCAGGUUUUUAACGUGCCCCAGGAACAGGGAUUUUCAGGGGAGUCUAGGUUUUAGAUUUCUCUUCUUGAGCAAUGGCUAGAAGACCUUUCCUUUGUCACCUAGGAGUAAAACACGUCGCAGGUUUGAUCCCUAGAUGACACUCUUUCCUUUGGGUUUUCUCAUCCUGUAUGAAUGCCGCACUAUUUAAUAGACCGCUCAUCCCCUCUU